CUGCGGCUCGGGAGGUGGAGAUAGCGGAGCUCCGCCGGGCGAGGAUGGCAACGAGCGGCCCCACGCCGGCAUCUCCGAUCGCGCUCCCCCUGCUCAGCCCCGGCCAUGAAUAUGUAACUCCCCUCUUUUUCCCGAGCUCCAUUGCGGAACUGCCGCUCGCCAUAUUGUGCUAGCGGGACUGCGGCUUCUCCGCCGGUGGAAGGGGACGGCGGCGGUCCGAGGUGGGAGGCCGGCAGCGCCAUGUCUCAAGCUGUGCAGACCAAUGGGACACAGCCCUUAAGCAAGACCUGGGAACUCAGCUUGUACGAGUUGCAAAGAACACCUCAGGAAGCGAUCACCGAUGGCUUGGAAAUCGUGGUGUCACCCAGGAGCCUGCACAGUGAACUCAUGUGUCCCAUUUGUUUGGAUAUGUUAAAAAAUACCAUGACGACAAAAGAGUGUUUGCAUCGUUUCUGUGCUGACUGUAUCAUUACAGCCCUCAGGAGCGGCAACAAAGAAUGUCCCACGUGUCGUAAAAAGCUGGUGUCAAAAAGAUCGCUGCGACCUGAUCCCAAUUUUGAUGCUCUCAUCAGUAAGAUUUAUCCAAGCCGUGAUGAAUAUGAAGCGCAUCAGGAGAGAGUGCUGGCAAGAAUCAGUAAACACAAUAACCAGCAGGCUUUAAGUCAUAGCAUUGAGGAAGGGCUAAAGAUUCAGGCUAUGAACAGGUUACAGAGGGGCAAGAAACAACAGAUUGAGAAUGGCAGUGGAGCAGAAGAUAAUGGUGACAGUUCACACUGCAGCAAUGCCUCGACCCACAGCAAUCAGGAAGCAGGGCCUAGUAAUAAGAGGACCAAAACAUCAGAUGAUUCUGGCCUAGAACUGGACAACAGCAACGCAGCUGUGGCCAUAGACCCAGUGCUGGAUGGUGCCAGUGAAAUAGAAUUAGUCUUCAGGCCUCAUCCUACCCUCAUGGAGAAUGAUGACAGUGCACAGACGAGAUACAUCAAGACCUCAGGCAACGCCACUGUUGAUCACUUGUCCAAGUACCUUGCUGUGAGAUUAGCUCUGGAAGAGCUUCGGAGCAGAGGCGAAUCGAACCAGAUGAAUCUUGACACGGCCAGUGAGAAGCAGUAUACUAUUUACAUAGCUACUGCCAAUGGACAGUUCACUGUGUUAAAUGGGUCAUUCUCCUUGGAACUGGUCAGUGAGAAGUACUGGAAAGUGAACAAACCCAUGGAACUGUACUAUGCACCAACAAAGGAACAUAAAUAAGCUGUGCUGGAAAACUGAGAUGGGACUCUCUUUUUAUAGCUAUGAUUUCUUCAAUAUUAAAAGAAGGCACUGUCAUUAUCUUUAUGGACAAUACAUAUGUGAUGCCUUUGGGCUUUCUCAUUAUACUUAUUAAUAUGAUUAGACAUUAUUCUUGAUUGUAUUUAAUUUAGAGUUUUUUUUGUUGUUGUUUUUCCUUUAGUGCUUGACACUCUUUUUUUGUUCUCAGUGUGUGAUAACUGAAUGAGUGUUCCAGUUUGGAAUGUCUUAAUUUUAUCCAGGUAAAUCUGGAUUUCUAAUACAUUUGACACGGUUAUAGUAGCCUCUGUGAAGUACUGAGCAUUGGAUGGCUAAGUAAGUCUAUUCAAUAGUAACAUAUGCCAAGGAAUGUGUUGAAUGUUGUAAUUUGCUAAUGGUUAUCCAUAUAAAAGAUGGUAGAGAAUUGAUUUCUGAUUAUCUUGCACCUAGAGGAGAUCUCAUUCCCUAGGAAAGAUGUAUUAUUCAAUUUUUAUUUUAUUUUAUUUUUAUUUUAACAAAUAUAGCUAUUAGUGAGAAAACUGACACUUUAAAAACCUUGCUACUUACUGAGCUUUGGUGCAAGGUGAUUCCUGAGGUUGGUUUGCUUUUUAACAAAGGUUUCCAUCAAAACAAAACCAAACAAACCCCAAACCCUCCCCUGUGUAGAAAUCUUGGUUCAUGCUGUGAUUUUCCAUCCGACUCCUGUUGCAGUAGUAAUCCUGUCCUCACAAACUUAGUCAAAAUCUUAUGGAAGUUUUACAGCCCACUCUGUUCCAUAUAAUAACAGAUUUUCAUUAAGAAUGUAUCAGAACUUGCUGUAAAGAAUCAUCUUAAAUGUCUUUUGAAAGCAAAUCCCUUAAAUUCCAGCACUCUGACACAGUGCAAAUUGAGAUGUUUUGCUCUACAGAAUUCUUACCGCCCAGCUGUGAGCUUAGCUCAGCUUCAGUUUGAGUAGGGAGGACUUCAACCAUAAGUUACGCUAAGAUUACUUCUUGUUUUUGUUUGGCAUAGCUUUAACAAAUGUGGCAUAGCACUUUGGAACAAAAUUUUAGUACUUGACAAAGUUUACCACUUAGUGUCUUAAAUUUAGGUUCAAGUUUUAGAACUUGGCAGUAGGCUGUUGUGUGAAGGCCAGUAGCUGCUGUUCAUGUGCAUGUUAAACUUCUCUUCCCUGGCACUGGACAUUGUGGUCAUGUCAUGGGGGUUGCUUUGCCUUUAGCAUUUUGUCUGACUGGAAAUGCGUUAUGAGAGAUUGACUGUACUGUAAGACUUCCUGAGGAAGCCUCAACACAUUUGCACCUGAAGCUAGAAGCAAAAAAAGUUUGCUCUAAUAGAUGAGAAACAACAUCCUCAUCCAUUCCUGGCAUGGCUGCUGUGUCCCUGCCUGCGGUCAGAAUGAAGAUGUGACAUGUGGUACAUUCACUUUUGGCUGCUUGGGGACUCUCCUGGGAGGGAAGGACCCUUUUAUUGCUUCAGUUUGUCGAGACUCAGUCUUGUAAAUAUGUGUCCGUUCUGACUGCUGCUUCAGAUCAGCAUUAUCCCUACAUGAAAACUACACAAGUCUUCUUUGAGUAAUUAUUGGCUCUUGGAAGCACACAUUUCUUUGUGACUGUAGAAUAGAAGUAUUUGGGCCCUGGGAGGCUGGGGGAAUAAAUUUAAUUAAAUAACUUAAUCAUUACCUUCUGUUGAAGUGUUGCAUCAUACAGAGAAUUAGUGCAUGUCUGCUGAAUAUAAUCCAGAGGGGCUGGGCAUAUUGUGAGGAGGUUCUAUAUCAGUUGCAGUACACCAUCCCGGGGUGACAGCAAAGUUAACAUGCAGUCUCUUGAGCAGGAGAGCUGUCAGUGGAGCUGAGCAGUCUGUUUAGGAAUAAUCUGUCACUUUGAGCCCAGUUCUUUAGAUCGUGUGGGAGAAUGUGAAGCUUUUAUUUUCCUGUUCAUGUUGUAGUGAAUUGACAAAAUAUUUAUGUUGUCUAAAUAUUCUAUAUAACGUCGUUGUUUGAUUAAAACCAUUGAUUGCACUGUGA